GUGAUCAAAGGAGAAAAGAACUUGGGGAUAUUGACACUCUAACAAAAGAGAAAAUUAAUGCACAUCUUUUUUUAUUUUCUUUUUGGUCAAUGACAUUUUUGGGUUUGGUGGAAGCCUUUGAAUAUGAUGGCGAGUCUUCUCCAAAAUGCUUCUUCUCUCGGAUGCGCUCUGUUUCUACAACCUCUCUCUUAGGUAGAAGAAAAUCCAAGUCAGAUGUCAAAGAAAAUUUUGGUACUCAAGUAGGCAAUGUAUCAUAUCACUACAUCAUUUGGAAAAGGUUCUAUCAUGUGGCUUGGCUGCUCUGCCCCUUUCAAACAAGUUUCAGUUGUGUCCACAGGUUCAUUUGCUUUGGAUAUUGCAUUUGGGAUUGGAGGACUUCCAGAGAAACUUAAUGCGACAAUCCCGACAGGUGCUUUUACUAAAUUGGAUUUUGAAGCCUACAAUGGGCCUUCCAGAGGAUAUAAUCAGUUGGGGAGCAUUGGAUACAACACUGAGCAGUUCUUUUUGCAGCUAAGAAAGCAGCAGUUUCACGUAAGCAAGAAUUGUCUUAGAUUAGCAUGCACUCGUCUUGAGGUUGUUGCGGGAGAACUUAGCAAAUCUUGCCAUGGGCGGCAGCAGAAACAAAAUUGCUUUUGGAUAGGGGAAAGAUGCAUUGUGCAUUUCAAGCUCCAUGCUGCAUGCUUUCUUAUUUAUCAAUGUAAUUAGUUCAGGACAAUUCAUUAUUGAAUUUAUUAGACCCUCUUUGUUAUAGGUUUCUUUUUGGUUUAUCUGUAACUAAAUUCCAUCAGACACAAACAAUUCCAUUAAAUGGAUCCAUUUUGAAU